AUGUUUGUCCAUCACAUGAAAUAUACGUACGAGUGGUCACUGGAUGUCCAUUCGUUGUCAUCAUCGUCGUCAUCGACAUCGAUGGCUGGCAUUGAAAAAAGUCCCGUAAUGUUGACCAAAAACAACAUCAAAUGGCAUCUCUAUGUAGACCUACGGCAAGUUUAUCGGAAAACUAAUCAAUCGUUUACUGUUCGGCUAUUGUUGGAUGAGUUGCCGAAAUCCGAUGACAACCAGAUAUUGGACAUCGAAUUCAACGUAUAUCUGGUGGCCAAAGAUGACAUUACUGGCCAUACAAGACAAUUGGUUGUAUUAUAUACAACACGGCUCUCACCGCCAGUCAUGAUAAACAGCAACCGUACGGACAUCGACACCAAAAACAUUGUUGUCGUCGUCGACAAAGAGUUGCCGUUCAACGACCAGAUGACUGACGAUAAUCACCAAUUGGUUCUCUACUUUGAAUUGGUUUACAUCGAACCCAGGGAUCAAAUAUGUCAACGAAUUGGUACCGAUUUAGUUGACUCGUUGCGGACGUUGAUGUCUAGCGGCGAUCACAGCGACGUAACACUGGUGGUCGGCAGCGGCGGCGACGGCGGCGAUCGACAAUAUUCGGCCCAUAAGUGUAUACUAAGCGCCAGAUCCGAGUUUUUUCGGGCAAUGUUUGCCAAUCCGAUGAAAGAGUCAAACGAUAAUCGAGUGAUCAUCGAUACGGCCGAUGCCGACGUGUUUGACCAGUUACUCGAGUUUAUCUAUACGGGUAGUAUCGGCAGCGGCGGUGGAGCGGACAUCGACCCGAUAGCGGCCAACCGAUUGCUAGUGUGCGCCGAAUACUAUUCACUGCCCGAUUUGAAGUCCAUUUGCGAACAUAUACUAUCGCAAACAUUGACCACUGGAUCGGCUAUCGAUUUACUAUUGUUUGCCAUCAAAUAUAAUGCCCGAUCGUUACGGGAAAAACUUAUCGAUUAUGUGGCCAACAAUUAUCUGGAAAUUGAACUCAAAUCUGGCCAUAAAUUAAGCGAUUUAUUUAAAACUGAACCCCAAUUAAUGCAAUCGAUUGUACAUAAAAUUGCUAAACUUAAUAAUAUUUAUUAA